AUGUUUAAACUAUUCGUUUUUGUACUGAUAUUUCAAUGUGCGGAUUAUAUUUCGGCGAGAGCUAAUUGUGAUUCUAAUGAGCGUUAUUUUAAUAAAACUAAAUCACCAAGUUGUGAUGUAAACUGUCAAGACUUAACGCGUUUAUGUCACUUAACAACAAUAGGUGCAGUACAAGGUUGCUAUUGUCGUCCUGGCUUUGCACGUAACUUGCAACAGAAAUGUAUACCCGUGAGUAAUUGCGCAAAGGAUUGUUUUCCAAACGAAAAACCAAUAUGGCCAAAUAAAACAGAUUGUGAAUUAGUGUGUUCCUCAAAACAAAAACAGAUAUGUUAUCAACGUAUGGAGCGAAAAUGUGUUUGUAGUACAGGAUAUUGUAGGAAUCAACAAGCGGACUGCAUUUUAAUAUAG